AUGAAAUUUGCUUAUAUCGAAAGCACUACGAUUCUUCUUGAAAAUCUAACAGCAUUCGUUACGACAUACGGUUUUUUUAUAGCACUAAUUUUCCAAGCAAAGUCACCGUCAUAUACAAGCGUUCGCUUUCGAAAUUAUAUGAAUCAAUACAAGGGCAAUCAAAAUGCCAGACACAUUAUAAACUAUAUCCAAACGAAACAUGGAUGUUGUGGUGAGAAUAAUUGGAUGGAUUGGUCAAGCUUAGAUUUGAAGACCGUAAAUAGUGGUAAUAAUAAUACGAUUUCUACUAACGAAAAUCAUACAAAUGGUGAAACACCGCAAAAUUCACAUGAUGUUUACCUACCUCCAUCAUGCUGUACGAUGGAGUCGAGUGUUUUCAUAGACAUUUCGUCGAACCUAUAUUGCCCAUCUCACUUUCAUAAUCUAGCAAACAAUUAUUAUCCAGAUGGAUGUUUAAAGAAAAUCAACAGAACGAUUAUUUUGUAUACAAUUCUCAUAAUUAUCAUCAACAGUUUUCUGAUUGUCUUCUCGUUCAUCAUAAUUCCUAUUGUCUUCCAGAUUUAUCCUAAUUAUCUUCGUCGAAAAACCGUUGUCAUUCAUCAGCUACCUCAAGAUUUUCUUUGGUACUCACAUGGAAUUCUUGAUCAUAAUCUACCGCCAGUUCCAUGGUUUGCAUACAAAAGUUGA